CACCAGCUGACUCAAAGGAAAUUCAAAGAGAGAGAAAAAAUUAUUUGCGAAAAGAAAUUCAGCAAACAUUUAUUUCAAAGUGAAAGAAAUCAAUUAUUUUUUUGUUUCUCUCUUUCUCCUGAAGAUAUAUCGAUAGACUUGCUAGCAUUCCAAAUUCUUGUUUCUGGUCAAGUUAGAUUUCAUUUAAAGUAAUAAUAAUAAUCGUAAUUAUACUAAUUUUUUAACCAGCCAAGCUCUAAUGCAGAGAAGAGGUGAUAAAAGGAGAAAAGAUAUAAACAAAAAGGCUGGUCCUUACUUAAUUGAAUGAAGGCAUAUUGUUAAUUAAUAACAAUUUGUUAUACAAUAAUUUUACGUUUUAAUUUCUAAAGUGUUGAAUUGGAUGUAUAUACAGUAUACUGGUUUUGUCUAAUGUCUGAACUACUUGUUUUAUAUUUUAUUAUUAUUUUGAACAAAGCAAAAGUCUAAAAGUUCUAGUAGAUUUUGUUCGUAUCAAAAGAUUUAAGAAACGUAAGGAAAUUCAUGUUUAAAUUUUAUAAUUGAGUCAACUUUGCCGUAGAAAUCACUCGAGUCCAUUUACGAUUUAUUUUAUUUAGUUUAUACGUUCUUGUAAUGUGACUCGUAGCCUGUAGCGUAGUUUUUUCUUUAUCUCAAGUUAAUUAAUAGCUAUUAAAGUUUAAAAAAUACAAAUUCGAGUUGAAGAUGAGCAAGGAAAAGCGGACGACGGGAACAGCGUUGUCCCGACUUCGACAAGAUUAUAUGCGCCUCAAAAAAGACCCAGUACCGUACAUUGUUGCAGAACCACUGCCCAACAAUAUUUUGGAGUGGCAUUACCUGGUGAGAGGACCUGAAAAUUCUUUGUACGAAGGUGGAAUUUAUCACGGGAAAUUGAAAUUUCCUCCUGAAUUCCCUUUUCGAGCCCCAAGCAUUUAUAUGAUUACUCCCAGCGGCAGAUUCAAGACAAACACACGACUUUGCUUAUCAAUCUCAGACUUUCAUCCGGAUACGUGGAAUCCAGCUUGGUCAGUGGGAACGAUUCUGACGGGUCUUCUGUCCUUUAUGUUAGAGAAAAGUCCCACCCUAGGAUCUGUUGAAACAAACGACAUGGAAAAGAAAUCCUUUGCAUUAAAGUCUAUUGACUUCAAUGUAAAAGAUAAAAUCGUAGUCGAGUUAUUCCCUGAAGUAUAUGAAGAGAUGAAAAAGAUUCUCGAAAGUCGUCUGGAUACCGCUUCAACGUCCCAAAACGGAAGCAGAAAGGCGUCUGUUUCCCUUGCAGUCAAUCAAGGUUCGUCCAAUAGCUAUCAGAACGUUCUCGCAACUGCUAUUGUCGCAGUGGGUUUCGCUUUCUUCGCAUACAGCGUCAGAUACGUAUUGAAGACCAUAAGUUACGACGAGCUCUAAUCAUAAUGUAAAAUUUGUUUUUUGUCUAUUCUUCCAUUACUUCCAGUCUUUUUAAAAGCGUCUUGUUGAUUUUAAACGUAACCCAUAGAGGAAUAGAUAAAUUACAUGCAUGCAACUGAUGUAUUAGUAUAAAAAUUAUUUUGUAUGCCUAGGUGUUUGUAAAAAAGAUAAGUAGGAGAUGACGGCAAUCAACUACUACAACUCUCUCUUACUCUUCUUGAAAUACCUUCAAAAUGUCCUGUAAUCAAAUAACCAACAGUGACUUCAAUUUUGCAAACUCACCUUCACUCUGUAUGUAUUUUGUUCUCUCAUUAUGAAUGUCCUCGAUAUUAGUCUAUACCAUCGACCGCAGAUGAAAAUGUCAAGAUAACAAUCAUUGUAAUUCAAACCAAAUCUUUCGUGUUAUUUUUGUUUCAUUAUGACAGAAAUAAACUUACACCAAGAUGAAUUAAAGCAA